CGGAUCACGCACACGCAGGAGGUGCAUAGUUUCUUCUAUCAACUAUUGUGCCUUUUAUCAUGGGUUUGGAGGAGUUUCGCUUUUAAUCAAGGACCGGAGGAAGUGCGAUCUAUAGAACUGGAUAUGUAAACAUUUUGUAAGCCUCUUGUCAGACUUUAUUUAAAGAAAAAAAAAAAAAACAAGAUGUUUUUACGGAUCAGAGCCACGAAACUCCGAAGAACAACAACCUCAUGACUAAAGAGCUAGACGGAGGAUUUCUUCAACUCAAGAUCGCCUCACACUAUUGCCCACCGCAGAUUUCAAUGAUUUAUUUUUAUUUUGAAAAUAUGAUUCACUUGAUCUCCAAGAGAAUAGCUAGAAUCAAGACUCAGUUUUUCUUUGUCUGUGCAUUAUUGCAUUGACAUGAUGAUCCCUAUAUGACUGCUAGCUAUAUCAAGUUCUUUUAUUAUCCCGUGCAAAGACAAACAUGUCAACACUCUAAAACUAUUUACUUAAUAGACAAGAGAUUGAACAAUGGGAAUGCAAUAAGAAUUGCAUUGUUUUACGUCUGAUUAGACAAUAAUUGAAAGAAAUCCUUUGUCAACCAACCAGAGAGAAGCGCGUGUGAGAUCUGACUAUGUCCUUCUUCAAUUUCCGAAAAAUCUUUAAAUUGGGCGCAGAGAAGAAGAAAAAACAAUAUGAGCACGUGCACAGGGACAUAAAUCCGGAGGAAAUAUGGGAGAUUGUGGGAGAACUGGGGGAUGGAGCCUUUGGAAAGGUUUUCAAGGCUCAGAACAAGCAGACAGGCAUUUUUGCUGCUGCAAAAGUAAUUGACACCAAAACUGAAGAUGAGCUGGAGGACUACAUGGUGGAGAUCGACAUCUUGGCGUCAUGUGAUCAUCACAAUAUCGUCAAGCUGCUCGACGCAUUUUACUAUGAGACCAAACUGUGGAUCCUGAUCGAGUUCUGCGCCGGCGGGGCCGUCGAUGCGGUCAUGCUCGAGUUGGAAAGGCCUCUGACGGAGCCACAGAUCAGGGUGGUUUGUAAACAGACUCUGGAUGCUCUACUGUAUCUGCAUGAAAACAAGGUCAUCCACCGAGACCUGAAGGCUGGAAACAUCCUGCUCACACUGGACGGAGACGUCAAACUGGCGGACUUUGGAGUGUCUGCCAAGAACACAAAGACGAUCCAGCGAAGAGACUCUUUCAUUGGAACCCCUUACUGGAUGGCUCCAGAGGUUGUGAUGUGCGAGACGUCUAAGGACAGGCCGUAUGACUAUAAGGCCGAUAUUUGGUCUCUAGGAGUCACUCUGAUCGAGCUGGCGCAGAUCGAACCGCCCAACCACGAGAUGAACCCGAUGAGAGUUCUGCUCAAGAUCGCCAAAGCUGACCCUCCUACUCUCCAGCAGCCUUCAAAAUGGUCUCCCGAGUUCAGUGACUUCCUGAAACACGCACUGGAUAAGAACGUGGACAACAGGUGGAACACAGCACAACUUCUUCAGCACCCGUUUGUGAGUAGUGUAACUGACAGCCGACCCCUGCGGGAGCUCAUCGCUGAGGCCAAGGCGGAGGUCUUAGAGGAGGUAGAGGAACUGAAGGAGGAAGAAGAGGAAGAAGAUCAUGAAGGAAACCUGCUUCGUGGACACAAGCGUGCACCAUCUGACGCUAGCGUCGGCAGCUCUGAAGACGAGAAGCUUCCCCAGUCGCCAUCCACCUUGGAGUCUGUUCCUGAAAAGAUCGAGGACGUCGCUACCCCUAAGCUACCAGAUGAGAAUCUUACAGCUGGAAAAAAGAAGGAAGAAGAACCUCUGAAGGUGGAUGAGAAUCCCAUCCCGGAUGUAACAGUGCCUGGAUCCAAGGAACAAGCGGUGGAAGAGUCUCAAGAACCUAAAGCUGAAGAAAAGGCUGUAGAAGCAGAGGUUGUUUUACCAGAGACUCCUACUGACACGAUAGUCCAGAGGGUGGAGGAACCAGCCAAACCUGAUGGAGAGAAACUGGAGGAGAAAAAGGAGGUGGUGGGCAACGGUGAGCUCAUAAAGGAAGUGCCUGUUUCAGACAUGGCUUCAAUGGAGACUCCAGCUGAGCCCACUAAACAAGCUGAGCCAGUGAAAGAAUUAGAGAAGGCUGAGGAAAAGGAGAAACCUCCAAUGGUGGAGAAAGAAAGCCCGGUGAAGCCUAGGUAUGUGAAGAAGCAAGACUCUGACUCAGGAAUAAGUUCGACAGCUGACAGCAGCAGCAUAGACCUGAACUUAUCCAUCUCCAGCUUUAUUAGCAAGUCCAAGGAGCCAGGAACCAUCUCUCAACAGGACAACAAGAGGCAGAAAAAAACUCUGAAAAAGACUCGCAAGUUCAUUGUGGAUGGUGUGGAAGUCAGCGUGACGACAUCAAAGAUCAUCACAGACAAUGACACCAAAAGCGAGGAGAUGCGAUUCCUCCGGCGUCAGGAGCUGAGGGAACUGAGACUUCUGCAGAAAGAGGAGCAGAGAGCCCAAACUCAGCUCAGCAACAAACUCCAGCAGCAGCGGGAGCAGAUCUACAGACGCUUCGAACAGGAAGUCACGAGUAAGAAGCGUCAGUAUGAUACGGAGGUGGAGAAUAUGGAAAGGCAGCAGAAACAGACCAUCGAGCGCCUGGAGCAGGAACACACCGAUCGACUCAGAGACGAAGCCAAACGCAUUAAAGCUGAGCAGGACAAAGAGCUCUCCAAAUUUCAGAGCACGCUCAAGAACCGCAAGAAAGAGGAGCAGGAGUUUCUUCAGAAGCAGCAGCAGGAUCUGGACAGUGCUCUGAAGAAGAUCAUUCAGCAACACAAACAUGAGCUGGCCACGAUCGAGAGAGACUGCCUCAACAACAAGCAGCAGCUCCUGAGAGCCAGAGAAGCCGCCAUGUGGGAGCUGGAAGAGCGCCACCUACAGGAGAAACACCAGCUGCACAAGCAGCAGCUGAAAGACCAAUACUUCAUGCAAAGACACCAGCUGCUCAAAAGACACGAGAAGGAAAUGGAGCAGAUGCACAGGUAUAACCAGCGUCUGAUGGAGGAGAUGAAGAACAAACAGACUCAAGAAAGAACCAGACUGCCUAAGAUCCAGCGCAGUGAUGCUAAGACCCGCAUGGCCAUGUUCAAGAAGAGCCUGCGCAUCACUACCACAGGGGUCACGCCGGAACUGGAACGUGAGAGGGUUAAACAGUUUGGAGCACAGGAGGAGAAGAGACAAAAGAACGAGCGUCUCCAUCAACUCCAGAAACAUGAGAAUCAGAUGAGAGACCUGCAGACGCAGUGCGACGCCAACGCCAGAGAACUCCAGCAGCUGCAGAAUGAGAAGUGUCAUCUGUUGAUCGAGCAUGAGACUCAGAAGCUGAAGGAGCUGGACGAGGAGCACAGCGCAGAGCUCAAGGACUGGAGAGAGAAACUCAGACCCCGCAAGAAGGCCCUGGAAGAUGAGUUUGCCCGUAAGCUACAAGAGCAGGAAGUGUUCUUCAAAAUGACCGGGGAGUCUGCAUGCCUUAACCCCUCCACCCAGAGCCGAAUCUCGAAGUUCUACCCCGUCCCGAGCGUCCACUCCACUGGGUUUUAAAGCACAGAGAUGCUGAAUGAACUGCUAUGACUGAACCUCUGCUGCCUCCGUCCCUCUGAUCGCUGAUCGUCAGUCAGAACGGAGGGCCGGAUUCAUCUAGUAAGCUACAGGCUUUUUUAGUUUUAUUUAAGCUUUAAAUGUGGAUUUUCUGUGUGGUUGGUUUUCCAAAACAUUUCAGUGAUGGUUUAUGAAAUAUAAUGUGAUUUAAUUGUAUACGCCACUUAAUGAAUCUUUUUUUCAUUAAGGGGGAGGGGUCUCAAAGGAUUAAUCCUGGUUUACUGUGGUAUUUUUAUGACUAUAUUUGCAAACAUCGAAUGACUGUUCAACUUUGGGCUGAUUUGCUUGAGUAAAGAGUCCAUGCUUGAUGUCAGUGGUUAUGAGAACCAAACGAAUGAUUUAAAUAUCAAAAAAUCAGUCAGAAUAAAGCCAUUGAUUUUGCCAAGCGACAUUUUUUUUACCAUUCUAAUGAAGUUUAAUCGCACAUUAUUUAGGACAUAAUGUUAAAAAUUAUUCAUGAUUUCUUGGUUAUUUCCUGUAUGUAUUACAGGAUAUAAAUAUAUUUAAAUUUCCAUCAUCUCGCAUCACUUUAUGUGAGCUUUGUUUAUUAUCAUAAAAUGGAUUUAUACUUUAAGUAGCAGCCAUAGUCAUUUCUUUGAAGCAUUUUAGCAUAUCAACCACACUGUGUGCAAAUAUUCUGACAUCACUGUGGAAAGAAGUGCAUUUGCACUUGCUCUGCUAUGCAAUGUGAACAUGUAGCUGCAUUAAUCAUCUCAACUUUACAAUUCAUCGACAAACUUUAAAGCAAAACACCUCAAUUUCAUAUUGUCAAUACUGUGUAUUCUCCAAAAAAUGCCAAUUUUUUUCCCCGAUUACAUGCUUAUCUGGAGAUUCAUCCAGACGUCUCUACACUACAUUUGUGUACUUUUCAGUAAAACUGUAUAGAGGAUGAUGUUUUAUCCAAUUUAAUUUAAUUAGACAUGUUGUUUUUUUAGCAUUUUGUAGUAAAAGAUUUUUUCUUGAUCUAAGUUCACUUUCAACAUGCAGUUCUAAAUGUGUUUACUGCAUUUACAUUUGUGGUGUAGUUUGUAAAAACCGCACAAAACGACUGUGAAAUGUGUGGGGUGGAAGACAGAAAACAUGAAGUUCUUGUCAUUGAUAAAUCCUGAGAGCAAUGUUCAUGUUUUACUGUAAAGAGAGUGCUGUGCGCCUUCUGAUACAGGAUUCCUGGAGGGAAUUGUACACAUUUUCUUUCACAAAAUAACAGUUGUAAGAUGUAUUGUGUUUGUGUCAAAUAUCAAAUCAUUGUGAUUAUAGGAAGCUACUGUAAUUAAAGCAUGUGUGGUGAAUCGUU